CCGGUCGCCGCCGCAGCCUACGUCUCGGACGAGCUGAAGACUGCUGCCCUGGCCGAGGAGGAGCCGGACCCCGAAGAGAGCGCGGCAGAUGGGGAGCCGUCGGCCAAGCACGCGUGCCCGGACCAGGAGCUCAGCAAGCCCUGCGCCAGCUACCAGAACUCGCCGGCCGCGGAGUUCUCGGGCCACGACGUGGACAGCGAGUCGCACAUCAGCGAGGCCAGCGACCGCAUGGCCGACUUCGAGAGCGGCUCCGUCAAGAACGAGGAGGAGGCCAAGGAGGGCGCGGCGGCGCUGGACGACACGUCCGUGUCGGACAGCCUGGAGCAGAUGAAGGCCGUGUACAACAACUUCCUGUCCAACUCCUACUGGUCCAACCUCAGCCUCAGCCUGCACCCGCCGCCCUCGGAGAAGCACGCGGGCAGCAGCAGCAGCAGCAGCAGCAGCAGCAGCAGCUGCGGCAGCGGCAGCUUCGACUGGCACCAGAGCGCCGUGGCCAAGACGCUGCAGCAGGCGGCGCAGAGCCGCGCCCUGCCCGAGCCCAGCCUGUUCAGCACGGUGCAGCUGUACCGCCAGAGCAGUAAGCUCUACGGCUCCAUCUUCACGGGCGCCAGCAAGUUCCGCUGCCGCGACUGCAGCGCGGCCUACGACACGCUGGUGGAGCUGACGGUGCACAUGAACGAGACGGGCCACUACCGCGACGACAACCACGAGGCGGACAACAACAACCCCAAGCGCUGGUCCAAGCCGCGCAAGCGCUCGCUCCUGGAGAUGGAGGGCAAGGAGGACGCCCAGAAGGUGCUCAAGUGCAUGUACUGCGGCCACUCCUUCGAGUCCCUGCAGGACCUGAGCGUGCACAUGAUCAAGACGAAACACUACCAGAAAGUGCCUCUGAAGGAGCCCGUCACGCCCGUCGCCCCCAAGAUGAUCCCCGCCCCGCGGAAGAAGGCGCCGCUGGAGCUGGAGCUGCCCAGCUCCCCGGACUCCACCGGCGGGACCCCCAGGGCGGCGCUGGCGGACGCCAACGACGUGCUGCAGAAGAACCCCAGCCCCUACAUCACGCCCAACAACCGCUACGGCCACCAGAACGGGGCCAGCUACGCCUGGCACUUCGAGGCCCGCAAGUCCCAGAUCCUGAAGUGCAUGGAGUGCGGCAGCUCCCACGACUCCCUGCAGGAGCUCACCGCCCACAUGAUGGUCACCGGCCACUUCAUCAAGGUCACGAACUCGGCCAUGAAGAAGGGGAAGCCCAUCAUGGAGACGCCCGUCACGCCCGCCGUCACCACGCUGCUGGACGAGAAGGUGCAGUCCGUGCCCCUGGCGGCCACCACCUUCACCUCCCCCUCCCACACGCCGGCCAGCGUCUCCCCCAAACUGAGCGUGGAGGUCAAGAAGGAGGCGGACAAGGAGAAGGGGCCCCCUGACGAGAAGCCCAAGGACAAGGAGAAGGCCUGUGAGGAGGAGGAGAAGUACGACAUCUCCUCCAAGUACCACUACUUGACUGAGAACGACUUAGAGGAGAGCCCCAAGGGGGGGCUGGACAUCUUGAAGUCCCUCGAGAACACCGUGACGUCUGCCAUCAACAAGGCCCAGAACGGCACCCCCAGUUGGGGCGGCUACCCCAGCAUCCACGCUGCCUACCAGCUCCCCAACAUGAUGAAGCUGUCCCUGGGCUCGUCGGGGAAGAGCGCACCCCUAAAACCCGUGUUCGGCAACAGUGAGAUCCUGUCCCCCACCAAGAGCCAGACCCUGGUCUCCCCACCCAGCAGCCAGACCUCACCCAUGCCCAAGACAAACUUCCACGCCAUGGAGGAGCUGGUGAAGAAGGUCACCGAGAAGGUGGCCAAGGUGGAGGAGAAGAUGAAGGAGCCAGAGGGCAAGGUCUCCCCGCCCAAGCGGGCCACCCCGUCCCCCUGCAGCAGUGACGUCAGCGAGCCCAUCAAGAUGGAAGCCUCCAGCGACGGGGGCUUCCGCAGCCAGGAGCACAGCCCCAGCCCCCCGCGGGACGGCAGCAAGGAGGGGAGCCCCCCGGCGGAGCCCGUGGAGAACGGCCAGGAGCUGGGCAAGCCUGUGCCCGGCGGCUUGGGCAGCAGCACCGCCAUCAUCACCGAGCACCCGCCGGAGCAACCUUUCGUGAACCCCCUGAGCGCCCUCCAGUCGGUCAUGAACAUUCACCUGGGCAAGGCUGCCAAGCCCUCCCUGCCCGCCCUGGACCCCAUGAGCAUGCUGUUCAAGAUGAGCAACAGCCUGGCCGAGAAGGCCGCCGUGGCCACCCCCCCGCCCCUGCAGGCCAAGAAGGCGGACCACCUGGACCGCUAUUUCUACCACACCAGCAACGACCAGCCCAUCGACCUGACGAAAGGGAAGCCCGACAAGGGCUCCCUGCUGGGCUCGGGGCUGCUGUCGCCCACGCCCAGCUGCCCGGCGGCCUCCUCGUCCACGGCGACCACGGCCAAGACGUCCGCGGUCGCCUCGUUCAUGUCCAGCUCGCCGCUGCGGGAGAACGCCCUGUCGGACAUCUCCGACAUGCUGAAGAACUUGACGGAGAGCCACACGUCCAAGUCCUCCACCCCGUCCAGCAUCUCGGAGAAGUCCGACGUCGACGGGGCCACGCUGGAGGAGGCCGAGGAGGCCACGCCCGCCCAGAAGCGGAAGGGCCGCCAGUCCAACUGGAACCCGCAGCACCUGCUGAUCCUGCAGGCCCAGUUUGCCGCCAGCCUGCGGCAGACCUCGGAGGGCAAGUUCAUCAUGUCCGACCUGAGCCCCCAGGAACGCAUGCACAUCUCCCGGUUCACGGGGCUCUCCAUGACCACCAUCAGCCACUGGCUCGCCAAUGUGAAGUACCAGCUCCGAAGGACAGGCGGGACCAAGUUCCUCAAAAACUUGGACACGGGCCACCCCGUGUUCUUUUGUAACGACUGCGCGUCCCAAAUCAGGACUCCCUCCACGUACAUCAGCCACCUGGAGUCCCACCUGGGUUUCCGGCUCCGGGACUUGUCCAAACUGUCCGCGGAGCAGCUUGACAGUCAGAUAGCACAAACCAAGUCGCCGUCAGAAAAGCUGAUGACGUCCUCCCCCGAGGAGGACCUGGGCACCGCCUACCAGUGCAAACUGUGCAAGCGGACUUUCGCCAGCAAACACGCGGUCAAACUCCACCUGAGCAAGACCCACGGCAAGUCCCCGGAGGACCACCUUCUGUACGUCUCCGAGCUGGAGAAGCAGUAG